CUUGCCGAACACUCAUGAACUUUUGGAUCCUCGUGCUCUUUGUGAUUUCAAAGUGUAGGAAAAAUCGCGUAAAACUUUUGUUUUGGUGGAAAUUUCCAAAAUUUAAGUAGUACGAUUGAAGUUAAAGUUCUCGUCGAGUAAAUGGUGUAAAUUUUACAGAAUGGAUACACUUGUCGAAGACGAAACUAACAGGUUGCAAUGGCCAGACUAUCUUGUGAUUGGCGCAAUUAUGUCGAUCUCUGUCAUGAUCGGACUCUACUAUCGAUUCAGCGGUGGUCGACAAAGUACUGCAGCGGAAUAUUUCUCCGCGGACAACUCAUUAGGUGUCUUGCCCCUCUCGAUCGCCAUGAUGGCCUCCCACAUAUCAGGAAUUACUAUGCUCGGAAUGAGCGGGGAAUCUUUCAUCCGCGGCAUGAUCGUUGUAUUAAUGUAUACUACUGGCCUUUUCAUCGUGCCGAUCAUAGCCCUUUUUUAUCUGCCAGUCUUCUUCGAGGUGAAGGUCGUAAGCAUCUAUGAGUAUUUAGAAAAGCGAUUUGGGUUGUACAUGCGGUUGCUCGUAAGUGCGGCUAAUUUCUCCGAGACGAUGUUACUGACCGGAGUGAUGUUGUACGCUCCUGCGUUAGCCCUCGAGGCUACUACAGGCUUGUCUAGUACCAUGAGUAUUUUGGUACUCGCUGUAAUCUGUACCUUCUAUUCCACGUUGGGUGGGAUUAAAGCGGUUUUGAUUACUGACAUCUUUCAAGGCUUGCUCAUGUUAGUUGCUCUCUCCGUCAUCAUCUUUAUUGUCACCCAGAACAUCGAUGGAGGAAUCGGUGCCAUUUGGCGUAUCGCGCAAGAGGGAGGUCGUUUAAAUUUCUCUGAAGUGUCUUUAGACCCAACUGUGCAAUACACAUGGUGGAGUCUUUUGGUUGGAGGAGGAUCAAUAGGUCUAGCCUAUCUUGCGGUGAAUCAGGUGCAAGUUCAACGUUUAAUGACUGUUAAGAACGUUAAAGUGGCCACGAAUGCGCUAUUUCUGUGUGGUCCAUUCAUCUUACUGGUAGGCUUUUUAACAUGCUUUGCUGGAAUAGCCAUUUACGCGGUCUACAAAGAUUGCGAUCCCGUUGUCUCUGGAAAAAUUUCGACUUACGACAAAAUAUUGCCUUACUUCACUGUGGAGAAAUUGCCACCUGGAUUGGUUGGUCUUAUCGUUUCCGGUGUCUUCAGCGCCAGUCUGAGUACGAUUUCCGCUAUGAUGAAUUCAUUAGCUGCGGUAGCGCUCGAAGAUUAUGUGAAGCCACUGCAUCGAAAAUUUGGGGUGGAUUUUACUGACAAAAAGGCCACUUUCACAGCCAAGGCUCUUACCGUUUUAAAUGGCAUUAUUUGCGUGUUCUUAGCGUUGAUAGCGAAGACAAUGGGCACGUUAGUCGCCGUUGCCUUUAGCUUUCAUGGAGCUAUCGGUGGACCAAUUUUAGGGAUUUUUACUCUCGGAAUGUUCAGUGAGAGGGCUAACGAAACGGGAACUAUUAUUGGCAUGAUUACGGCGUUAAUCGUCUGCUUGUGGGCUACUUUCGGAAGACCUAAACCACCAAUUUCAAAUUUACCGGUGACGAUCGAAGGUUGCGCGAAUUCUACAGUACUGAUGCUUGCCGAACAAAUAAAAUUUAAUAGUACUGUGCAACCAGAUCAGUCGUACUUCUAUUUGUAUCGCAUCUCCUAUCUCUGGUAUAACCCUAUAGGACUGACAAUUACUCUAAUAGUCGGAUACGUGGCGAGUAUCAUAGUUCGGCUAAUCCAAGGCGGAAACGAUAUCGAACAUGAUCCAAGUUUGUUUGUACCAUUCCUGGCUGCCAGAAUCAGACGGCGACGCCAGGACGCACAGAAAACUACGAAUAGUCAACUCUUCGUUUUAGAACCUAUAAGAUGAGCUUAUUUUAUAAUUAAACAAUUCGUAAUUAUUAGAUUACAUUAUCUCGUCAAAUCAAUUGACAGGAUAAUCCAAUGAUACUAUAAGAAUAAUGACUGACCAUUGUAAAUAAAGUUAUUUAAAACUUAUUAUGAUAUUCAGUCGAUGUUUAGUUGAUUAAUUUGUUUUUAUUUAAACGGAUAUAGUAGAUAUACAUAUAUAUAU